AUGUCUCAUGAAAUUCCUUUAGGAUUAUUACUUUAUGUAGCCUUUAAUUAUCAUAAAUUACUCAUUGUUUUAAUUAUUUGCUAUACGACAUGUCCAAUGUUCAAUGUUCAGCCCCAUUCACGUCACUAUUGGAACGGAUACUUUAAUGCUUAUGAUGCAUCUGGAUUACGUUUAAGUAGUUUGAAGGCAGAAACAACUUGUCAAUGCUUAAGUUGUGUUAAGCAAUCGGUAACACCUUUAAGAAUUUAA